UGGAUGCAGAGUACAUUUCAUUUCACUCCCACCAUUGCCAGAAACCUCUCUUAUCCCUUCCAUUUCUUUUGUAUUCUUAGCCUGCUAGAGAAACUUCUUCUUCUUAUUCUUCUUCGACUGAGCUUUCUCCCCCGCCAUGGCAAUGGCCACUUGUUGUCCCACUGUGCACUCUUCCCUUACGAUGGCCCACACUUGUUCUGUUCACCCUCAAGACCUUCCUUCCCUUCUCUCCUUCCGACCCAUUGCCGCCCCUUCCACCGCCAAGAUUUUCCACCCCUUAAUUGUCCGUAGCAGGGGAAGGAAGCCAAUCAAUUGGGUUGACUUUAAUUUUAGGAGAGAAUCUAGGGAUCAUUUGGUUGUGGCUGCUUUGGCUGCGGAAAUUGAGGUGCCUGAGGCUGUGGAAGAGAAUGGAGAAGAGGGUAAUACAGCUACUUUAAUUGUGCCCAAGAUUAAGAAGGGCAAGGCUGCAUUGCCUCUUAAAAGGGACAGGACCAGGUCAAAGAGGUUCCUGGAGAUUCAAAAACUGAGGGAAAGCAAAAAAGAGUAUGACCUGAAAACAGCAAUAUCUUUGUUGAAACAAAUGUGUAGCACGAAAUUUGUGGAAACCGCCGAAGCCCAUUUUCGACUAAACAUCGAUCCGAAAUAUAACGAUCAACAGCUGAGAGCAACAGUUAAUCUGCCCAAGGGAACUGGGCAGACAGUCAAGGUAGCUGUUCUUACUCAAGGCGAAAAAUUCGACGAAGCGAAAAAUGCAGGAGCAGAUUUGGUAGGUGGUGAGGAUUUGAUAGAACAGAUUAAAGGAGGGUUUAUGGAAUUUGAUAAGUUAAUUGCCUCACCUGAUAUGAUGCCAAAGGUUGCUAGUCUAGGGAAGCUUCUAGGACCUCGAGGACUGAUGCCAAAUCCGAAAGCUGGCACGGUCACAACCAAUAUACCUCAGGCUAUAGCGGAAUUCAAGCAGGGAAAAGUCGAAUACAGAGCGGAUAAAACUGGGAUUGUUCACUUACCUUUUGGAAAGGCAGACUUUUCUGAAGACGACCUCCUCGUGAACUUGCUUGCUGCAAUAAAAUCUGUAGAAGUAAACAAGCCAACAGGUGCUAAAGGAGUCUACUGGAAGAGCGCACACAUAUGCUCGUCGAUGGGGCCUUCGAUUCGGUUGAACACAAGGGAAAUGCUCGAUUACAAGAUCCCGUCAUCAAAUGCUUGAACAAUUUUACUCUUACACCUGUAAAUGUGUUCAUCAAUUUGUUUAAUCCCGGCCCUCUCGGAUGCGACUUUCGGUCGUCUUCAGCGGCCGAACAUUGUUGAGAUGGUAAGAAAGUUGGUAUGGCGUUGUGAAGAAAGAAGAGAGGUUGUAUGAUUCAUGUUGGGUUGAAGAGUUAACUUGGAAACUGCAUACUCAUUUUGUUUAUGAACUGAUACAAAGUAGCCCAGUUUUGUUGUGAUUAUCAGUAUCAAUCUAUUCAUGU